AAUAAAUCCACUGAAGAGUAAAAAAAAUUUAAUAUGGGAAUGUUUAAGAAAAUAUCAACAUUUUUUAAAAAUAAAUCUGAAAAAGUGACGAUACUUGUCAUCGGUUUAAAUAAUAGUGGUAAAUCAACCAUAAUAAACCAUUUUAAAUCGCCACAAGAACAGGCUGCUAUCACAGUACCCACCGUAGGAUUCACCUUGGAACAAAUAAGAAGUGAAGGCGUCUUAUUCACAAUGGUCGAUACAUCUGGUGCGUGGCGUUACCGGAGCUUAUGGGAGCAUCAUUUCAAAAACUGCCAUGGUAUAAUAUAUGUAAUAGAUUCUAGUGAUCGCAUGAGAUUGGUUGUGGUUCGGGACGAACUUGACACACUUCUGAAACACCCUGACCUGGAAAAUCGAAGUAUACCCAUACUUUUAUACAACAAUAAAGUAGACUGCGAAGAUUCACUGUCCAGUGUAAAAAUAGCAGCUGCUUUAGGUUUACAUAACAUUGAAGAUAAGCCUUGGCAUAUAACGCCGAGCAAUGCAAUUACUGGUGAGGGCUUGGAGGAUGGUGUUCAUUGGUUAGUGCAGCAAAUUAAAUCUGUGAGUUCUCACAAUAAAAAAUUUAAGCAUUAAAGUCGAUUUAAAGU